AUAGUCACUGAAGGGAGAGAGAGAGGGAGAGACUAAAAAUGAUACUAACAGUGAGAAAAAAGAGAGAAUAAGGAGAAACACUUUGAAAGGAGUAUGAUGUACAACAAGAGAAGGGAGCAGAAAGAUCUAAAGAUGUUGGAGAAAUCUGUGGAGCAAACAACACUGAGUUACUUCAGACAGGAGGAGUAGGUGACAGAAAUGACAGGGAUGCCUCCUGAUUUUUCAGAACUGAAGAAGUGUGUUGAUAAUCUGAAGAAUCUAAAAGGAGAAACAACUGACACACUGACAGAAGAAGGGAAAUUUGGGCUGCAACUCUGAAGUGCUCCAGACAGAGAAGCGACUGACGCAGGUGGAUUUUCAGAGAUGAAACAGAAGUGCGCAGGUCAUUGAGAAUUAUAGAAGCUUUGGAAAGAUCCAACAUAACCAGUUUGGACACUGACCAAGGAUCUGGGGAGUAGUAUUGACAUGAGGACAAUCUAACUUCAUCAGACACAGAUUUGACUUGUCUCCAUUUCUGCGCCAACUCUGGAUCAUCAUCAUCAUCAUCAUCAUCAUCAACAUCAUCAUCAUCAUCAUCAUUAUGAUGAACUUCAACAGCACAGAGCCCUGGUUUUCCAUCAAUACCUCAUUUCCCACCAUGCCUGUAAUAGCCGGUCCCAGUAACAGCAGUGGCAUGGAGCUAUAUCUUCAAAGACUGGCUCAUUUAGAUGAGGGCCUCUACAACGACUUUUACGGCUUUUGGAUCGCCCUCAUGGUCAUAAACUCUCUCAUAUUCUUGGUUGGCAUGGUGCUCAACACAGUCGCACUCUAUGUUUUUUGUUUCCGCACAAGGCAGAAAACAACCUCAGUGAUCUACACCAUCAACUUAGCGGUGACAGAUCUCCUGGUGAAUCUCUCUCUGCCGACUCGUAUCCUGAUCUACUACAGCGGAGGAGCCUGUCUCACCUGCUCCUAUCUGCACAUCUUCAGCUACUUUGUCAACAUGUACUGCAGCAUUUUGUUUCUCACCUGCAUAUGUGUUGACCGAUAUCUUGCCAUUGUGCAGGUUGAAGCUUCUCGUCGGUGGAGGAACUCAAGUGUGGCCAAAUGUGUGUGUGUCUCCGUCUGGCUCUUUGCCAUUGUGGUCACAUACUCCUUUCUCUCCACAGCGUUCCAACACCCGGGCUGCUGCCUGUCCAAGCUCCUCUUCCUCACCAUUUUUGAGUUCUUCUUACCACUCAUCAUCAUUGUGGUCUUCACACUGAGGAUCAUGUGGGCACUGGCUGACCCUCGUCUGAUGCAGCAAAGCAGAGACAGGAGAAGGAGGGCUGUCCAACUGUUAACCACAGUGCUGAUCAUCUUUACUGUCUGCUUCACACCAUUUCACAUCAGACAGGUGGUUGUGUACUUCUACCCAGACUUGCCUCAUCAUGUGAUAGUCUACCAUUUGACUGUCACUCUGAGCAGUCUGAACAGCUGUAUGGACCCUGUUGUGUACUGCUUUGUCACAAAUAAUUUUCAGGCCACCAUGAGGAAUAUUUUCCGGCGUGCAGAGCCUGAGCAGACCAGUGGUGACAUCAUCAGCAUGCAGCACAGCUCUAAAGCCUCAGGAGGGACAGCCAAUGCUAUCACUAGGGAUGCGAUCAUGAUGACCAAGAUCCCUGCCUCUCUGCAGACAGACAAUGUGGGAAAGAACCAUACUCUGUAGAACUGCUUUCACAAUGAGUGAAGGGAACUGAAAGUUACUGAGAUGGCACAGUUGCCUGGGGAGAGGUGGCUGAUAAAUAUGGACUCUGCAGCCUGCUGACCAAUGUUUAAUGGCACAGUGGAAAGAGCUUGGGACCAACAGACAAUGCUGACUGUAUUACAACGAAUAGGAGCUACAAAUACACAUGAGAUGCAGCAACCAAGCCGGUGAAGCGAACUUGAAGUCAAUGUCUUAAAUGAACUACAACCAUGACAAGAGACAACUUUAAUCUGCAAACAAGCAUGAUCAAUGUGCCAAGAGACAUUCAUAUGACUUUAUACCUAACUGAUGAUAAGGCACAAUAAGCAAGAUGCAAUACAGGCCACGGCAGGAACAAUGAUAGCUUCGACCACUUUUGGCAAAUCCUAUGAAAAAAAAAUGCCAACAGUGAAGAAAGAAGAUUUAAACAGACACAAAAUUACUGUGUCUGACAUUGUACUCACCCUCUGGGACUUUCUGCAUCCUCCUCAUAAGCUUCCCUGCUGUAGCUUUUCAGUUGUGACUGUUCAUCCUGUGAAAUCUGCAUCUACAAACACACUUAAGAACCAUUCCACUUUAAUGCAUAUUAAGAAAGAGAGGGUAUUAAACACUUCACAAAAUCUGAAAAGAGAUCACAUUUGGUGACAAUGUCAGAAGAUAUACCGUCAAAUACUGCCUGCCUAUUUCAGUGUCAUGACCAUUUCGUGCAGCAGAGGGCAACAUUGCACUUCAUUUCAAAGAGUCAGAGCCCUUAGGAAUUAUACUGCUGUUUUAGAAACUUCUUGGAUCACUGAAAGAAGCUCCAUUGUUAAUGUUAGGGCAACUAUUGUCAUAAAAACAUUUGAUUUCAUGUGCCCUUACCACUUACAUUUUCUUUUAAGAUAGAUCAUCCAUACCUCUCUUUGAUGCAAAAAGAUGUUGCUAUAAAUGUAUAAGCUACAGCAGAUAAUUUAAAGGUAAAUAAAACUGUGUUCAAGCAAUAGGCUAAACUGUCA